UAUGUAACUUCACAGUCCAGCAGCUCCACAGCUGCAACAAGGAGGCUGAGCGGUGGAGUAACAAACAUGGCGUCCGGUUAUGCGUGGUUCCUUGUGCUGGGGUCGGUUUUCCUGUGUAAUCUCAUGAAAACACUCCUGCCGACCAUUUCCUCUUUCCUCUCCAAGAUGGUGCAGAAAGAUGCUGAGCAGGAGAGUGAGAUGAGGGCUGAAAUCCAGGAGAUGAAGAAGGAGCAGGCCUCAAUUAGCAUGAUGGAUGAGUUUGCAAGAUAUGCCAGACUGGAGCGCAAAAUCAACAAGAUGACAGACAAGCUGAAAACACAUGUGAAAUCAAGAACAGCGCAACAAGCCAAGAUGAAAUGGGUCGUGAACAUUGUGUUUUACAUACUGCAGGCUGCUCUGAUGAUCUCUUUGAUAUGGAAGUAUUACUCUGAUCCAGUGACGGUGGUCCCCAGUAAAUGGAUUGCCCCAGUGGAGCGCCUUGUGGCCUUCCCAACAGGAGUGGCAGGUGGAGUAGGAAUCACAUGCUGGCUGGUGGUUUGCAACAAAGUGGUUACACUGGGUCUCCAUGCGGUCAGCUAGAGACGUCAGCUGAGUCAGAUACACUGGUUUUCUAACUUAUUGCUCAACAUUUAGUUAAUGAAAGCCGUUUGUGUCAUUUUUUUGUGAGUUGCUUCAGGUCAGUGUGUAAAAAUGCAGUGCAUUUUGGCGUUGGCUGUUUCAUAUUGCAACACUUUAUUUGGUAAUAUUUAAUUUUGUUGUUUUUGUUAUGAUGAUUUUAAGUUAAUGGCGCAGAUGUUUUGAUUGUAUUGUUUUGAAAACAAUGAUUUGGAAAUGUUGAAAUGCUUUUUUUAUGAAAAUAAAACAGCAGAAAACCUUUUA